AUCGUUCUGAAAUGUAACCUUCGUUGCUGCGGUACUACUUGCUGCGGACUAUGACCUGAGAGUUCGGCAGAAGACAACGUUUAAUCUUCUGUAGAAUGGGAUCAACUACGUCUUUCCCCCGGGUGUCUAUUCCAAAAGACAACAUUUCUCUUGUUACCGGAGGAAAUGCGGGGAUAGGCUAUCAUACUGCUAAGUGGUUGGCCAUGAUGGGUGGUACUGUUAUCAUAGCAUGUAGAUCAGAGGAGAAAGCUAAUCAGGCCAUACAACAAAUGAACAAAGAGUUCACAGAAGAAAAACAAAAGCAAACCGUCGGGGUAGUUGACUAUGAGCAACUGAAUGUUGAGUUCAUGUCGUUGAACCUUAACUCAUUAAAGUCAGUCAUGAAUUUUGUUGAGACGUACAAGGCGUCCGGGAGAAAGCUACACAAGUUGUACUGUAAUGCCGGAAUUGGUUUACAAGACAAAGUAUCAUACACAGAAGAUGGUCACGAACAGAUAUUCCAGGUGAAUUAUUUGAGUCAUUUCUUAAUGGUAUCUCAUCUACUUCCGGUGAUGAAAUCUUCAGGUCCUGACUGCAGAAUAGUUCUAUUAUCUAGCCUUGCCCAUCGAUCGGCUCACUUUGAUGCUGCAGACAUUGAAGGCAAGAAGUAUUCUGAACCAAAAUACGAUUCAACGGAAAUAUACGGCAGAUCAAAAGUGUAUAUGAUUAUGCAGAUGUUCAGUUUGAAUGAAAUCCUCAAGGACACUAAUGUGACUGUACUAUCGUUACAUCCGGGCAUCGUGAGAACUGUUCUGCUGUCUUCCUUCGGAAGAGGAAUAGUGAAACCAUUCUUAGCACUUGCAAAUGCCUUUGGUGCGACUAAGAGCCCGUUUGAAGGGGCAUGGACUUCGCUCAAUGCGGGCGUUAACCCAGAACUAGUUGGUGUACGAGACGUAUACUUUUCUGAUUCUAAGCCAAAAUCCUCCACAGCAGCUUCUAAGAACAAGUCCUACCAGGAAGCACUCUGGGCUUACUCCAUUGAGUGUCUCAAAGAUUACCUCCCAGAAAAUAUCCUUAGAGAACUACAAUAGUACCUUCGUCAGGACUAUGUAUCAUCCUCACAAGUGAAAACAAAGUGGAAUUAGGAAUGAUGCAUUUAAUAGAUGAGCAUGUUAAAAUUGGAAUUUUGAUCUGAGAUAUUUACAUUCAUAUUAAUUGAAAGUUUCUGUCAUUUUACACAUACAACUGAGAUAUUGUUAUCUUCACUAUACAAUCAAUGAUAUACAUAUUCAAAUUAUUCUGAAUUAAUCACUAUACAAUCAAUGAUAUACAUAUUCCAAUUAUUCUUAAUCAAAAUGUCUGUGAUGUGACAGUAAGAUAGCGUAUAUACUUGAUGUUGGUUGCUACAAUUUCCACCUUAUAUGGUGUUAAUGUUUAUGUGAUAUCAUGUAGUUUUUAUGUAUCAUCGAUUAUUAUACAUUAUAUGUUCUUGUGUCAAUCCGAUCUGUUCAAUAUGUAUAUAAACUGUUAUUGUAUAUUUACAAAGAUGAGAGACAUUUUUAGUAAGCUAUUUGUGUACACAGCUAGUACAUCCGAUGACAUUUUUUGUAUGAACACUGUAUAAGACUUUUCCUAUAACAACUCUUACAAAUUACCUAUAACAAAGGGGUAUAAAGGUAUGACCUACUUCGUUCUUUAUAAAAUAUAGAUAAAGGGAGACAAUUGCAUUUGUAAGAGUUGUUACAAAUAUGCCUAGACAUGUUUAGUGUUAACAUAUAUAUUGUAUACGUAUACUGCAACAAUAAAAGCAAGAUGUGUCAAUUA